UAAGUUAUUGUUUACGUUUUUUUUGCAAAUUUGGAUUGUUAAUUGUAUGCAGCAUUUCGAAUUUAUAUUGAUAGCGUUUAAUAAAUUUCAAAAAAUGAAUAAAGUGUUAAAAGAGUGUUUCCUGAAGUCAUUGACAGAUCGUCACCAGCCAAUUCGUAUUGAAUCUGAGCGAACUUUCGUUGGCCGUAGUCCAGAGACACUUAUUCAGGAUCCAUGUUGUUCGCGUCAACAAGUUUGUCUAAAGGCCAACUUCAAGGAUGGAUACGUAUUGGUAAAAUGUCUUGGUUCAAACCCUUCAGUUUUGAAUGGAAAACAAUUGGAAAAACAUUUGGGAUAUGAAGCAUACGAUGGAGAUAUUCUAGAAUUGCUUCCAGGUAACCAUCAAUAUUCAUUUGAUUUUAAAUUUGAAAACGUUGUCGAACGGCAAACUGGUGAAGAAAAAUCAAAAACUAUGGAAAAAACAAAUUUUUCAAAAAGAGAUUGCUCAGAAACUGACAUCAACGCUAGAAACAAGAAUAGUAGAAAUAAAAGUGAUACUCAUAAACGGCUUUUAUCGAAUGACGAGACAGACUAUCAAAGCAACUCCAGGCAAAAUAAGAAGAGGCGACAUGAAGAUUCACCUAAUGGGAACACUAGUAAGUCGGAUAUACGGUCUCGGAUUAGCGGGCAACAAACAAUAGCUGUCAAAAGCUCUCUGUGGGAAGAGAUCGAUGGAAAACAAUUGUAUGUUUUUCAUAGCAAAGGCCUAAUGUCUUCGGAAAAGAUAGCUGCAUAUGACAUGGAUGGAACACUUAUUAAAACCAAAUCGGGUAAUGUUUUUCCCAAAACCAUUGAUGAUUGGCAGCUUGCCUUUUCCGAAGUUCCCGGGAAACUGAAGUCCUUAUUGAAAAAUGGGUUUAAGAUAGUUAUUUUCACUAACCAAGCUGGAAUUUCAAAAGGCAAACUAAAAAUUGAUGAGUUUAAAACAAAGAUUGAAGCAUUGCAGAUGAAAUUAAACAUUCCUUUACAAGCAUUUAUCUCUACUGGAAAAGGGAAAUAUCGCAAGCCAUUGACGGGAAUGUGGGAUUCGCUGUGUCAGCUAUUCAACGGCGGCCUUCAAGUAGAUAAAGGACGAAGCUUUUACAUUGGUGACGCUGCCGGUCGCCUAGAACAGAAAAAACCUGUAAAACGCAAGAAGGACCAUUCUUGUGCUGAUCGGCUUAUGGCAUUGAACGUUGGGAUACCAUUUUUUACCCCGGAGGUUCACUUCCAGAAUUCCAAAGACAUUGAAUGGGCGAAACCGGAAUUUGAUCCAAAGUCUGCUUGUGGAUUUUCUGACCUUUUGUCACCAAGCGGAAGUAAACUUGUAUUGUCUAGGCAAGAAAUUAUAAUAAUGGUUGGUUUUCCCGGAUCUGGUAAAAGCCACUUCACUCGAGCGCACCUUGAACCAAAAGGUUAUACUCUGAUCAAUCGUGAUACUUUAGGAUCAUGGCAGAAAUGUGUUUCACAAUUAGAAAAUACAAUACGAAACAAAAAGUCUGCUGUCAUUGAUAAUACUAACCCAGAUGCGGAGAGCAGGAAGCGUUUCAUUGAAGUGGCCAAAAAAAGAAACGUAACAUGUCGCUGCUUUGUAAUGAGUGCUAGUUACAAGCAAUCAAAACAUAACAAUAUUUUUCGGGAACUGACAGACCGGUCACACACGUCGAUCAAUGAUAUGGUGUUCAAUAUGUACAAAUCAAAAUAUCAGGAACCAUCAAUCGAAGAGGGUUUUAGCGAAAUAAUAAAGGUAAAUUUUGUGCCAAAAUUCCAAUCUGAAGCUGACGAAAAGUUAUACAAACUGUAUCUGCUGGAGAGUUAAGUAUAAUAUAUGAUUAAAUGGGAAAUUUUGUUUUUUUUUUUAUUGAAUAAUUGAUUAUAGAAUUUUUGCUAGUUUUUAUAUCAAUCUUCAAAAUAUACUGGUCAGUUCAGCUAGUU